AUGCUUGCUUCAUUUAAAAAAUGGUAAAAGGUUGAUGAACUACCUCCAUUAGUUGAUGAAAUUGCCUUUUUUGACAAUUAAGGUAAUUACAUAUAAUAGGGAAAUGAAAAUAUUUUAAUUUUUCUUGAUUUGUAGCGAUUUAACAUAGAAGAAUAAAAAGCAGAAAUCAUAGAUUUUUCAUAAAUCAUUGAAAAAUUUAUUAUAAAAGUAUGCUAAAAAUAUUUACCAUAUAAUGAAGAUCCUAAUUAUGUGUAGAUGAUGAUGGGAAAUGGAUUAACAGUGAAUAGAAAAUAAAAAUUCAGAGAUUAUGCCUUUAAAAGUAAUAUGGUUGUAAUUUUUAAAAAAGGUGAAAAUUUUCCUAAAAGUAACAAAGUGUUUAUAGAAAUUCCAACUGGAAAAAUUAUAAUUGUCUACACACAUUGUAAAUCUGUUUAUGAUGUAAAAAAAGAGAUUUUUGAAAGAGGUGAAAGCUAGAACUAUCCACCAGAAGAUAUUAGAAUGACUUUUGCUGGGAAAUCAUUAGACGAUAAUAAGCUGUUUGAUGAUUAUUAAGUGAAAGAAGAAUCUAAAAUUUAUAUGUUUUACAGAUUACGCGGGGGUGGUUCUGGUUUUUUUCCUUAAAUUUCUCUUAUUGAACUUUUUAAUGGAACAAUUAAAAUAAUAAAAGAAUUUGUCAAUGAAGUUAAAGUACCUGAAAAUAAAAUAUAUAUUGAAAUUAAUGGCAUUAAAGAAGAAUUUGAAGUAUUACCAUAUUUUUUAAUUUAACAAAUAAAAGUUAUUAUUUAAAAUAAGAAAGGAAUACCAAUUUAAUCAUAAUAGUUAUAUCAUAAAGGAGUAUUAAUGAAAGAUGAAUUUGCAUUAGAAGAUUAUUAUAAAUAUGAUAAUUAUAAGUAUCUAAAUCAAAAGAAAUAGGAUCCAUUAAUAUUAAAAGUAUUAUCAAUUUCUAAAGAAUAAUAAUAAGAUAUUUAUUAAAAUACUGAUAAUAAUAAUAUUAUUACAAUUAUAGUAAAAAAUGAAGAAUAUCGAUUAUCAAUAAACAAGAAUUCAAAUAAAAUAGAUUAUUAAGAUAUUGCAUUAAUAUGUGCAUCUAGUGAUGAAAUAAAAAGAUCAUUAAUAUUAUGUAAUGGAAAACCUUAUGGAUCAAUAAGGGAAUUAAAAGAUAAAUAAAAUGUUUAAAGUAUUUUCUUCAUAGAUCAAUAAUCUGGAGGAAUUUAAUUAAAAUUUACUUUAUAAUUAAAUGAUAAAUAAGUUGAAAAUAUAUCUAAACUUAAAGAUUCUUUAUAAUGGUUGGGGAAUUGUAAAAUUAAUGAAUUUAUUGAAUGCUGUUUGUAAGAGAUAAAUAAUAAUUAAUUGAAGAAAUAAGACUAUUAAUAAAUCCCUCUUCAUUGUAUAAUAGCAAUAUAAUUAUACACUAGUAAUCUAAUCUAUCGAAACUUAAAUUAAGAUCUCAGAACAACAGAAUAUGAAAAUUGGAAAUAAUAUUUAAAAUGUUUAAUGGAAGGGCUUCGAUAUAUGAAAUAUUACAAAGGAGUAGCAUAUCGUGGAAUUAAGAAUUAUUAAAAUACUACAGUGUAUCAAAAGGGAAAGAUUGUGUAAUGGAGUGAAGUUAGUAGUGUUUCAUUAAAAAAGAAAAUUGCUUAAAAUUUUAGUAAUUCUUAAGGAAUGAUUUUUUAAGUUGAACUUAUAAGUGCCAAAGACAUAGGAAAAAUAUCAAUUUAUGAAGGAGAAUAAGAAUUAUUAAUGUAUCCUUUUUCAAAUUUUAUUAUUGAUGACGUUUAAGUUAUUGAUCUCUAAUAACCUCUUAUUGUAACUAUGAGAGAAUUACCUUUACCUAGAUCAACUUAAGUAUUAUUAUGGGUUGAUGACAAUCCAGAAAACAAUUAUUAAUUUGCUGAAGAUUUAGAAAAGUAAAAUAAUAACUUUUCUGUUAUAUUUUGUGUCUCAACUUAAGAUGCAAUUCUUAUUAUCGAAAAAUAUAAAUGGAUGAUAUAUUUAGAAUAAUCUUAAUUUAGAGUUGUUAGUGAUAUGGUAAGAGUUGAACAAGGUUAGAUCAACUAUACAGCAGGUAUUGAUUUAAUAUAGCAUCUAUAUUAAUAAAUGAAAUACAAAAAUCGUACUCUAAUUUUUUGUGGUGAUUAAAUGAGAGCUUAAGAAGAGUGUAAAAAAAGAAACAUUCAAGGAAAUUUUGAAAUUACUAACAGUUAAUAAGUUUUAAUGAAGUUUCUUUCAUUUUAAUGA